AUGGGAUUAUUUCUUUUAACUGAACAAAGGAGAAAAUUCACACACUCGAGAUAUAAUGAAAGAAUAUACUUGAAUCAAUAUGAUAAUAUACCAAUAGAAGACGGCUAUUACAUUUUGAAUUGUUCAUCAGAUAGGUCGGAAAGAGGAGAGUUCAAAGUGGACCAGAUCGGAUGUAAUCGCAUUGAUAUCAACAGUAUUCGGAAUCCUGUCAUUUCUUUGGGCGGUGAUAGCAACGUUUGCUCCAGCGAUAUUGGUGAAGAAAAAUAUUUAGGCCAUGCACGCAAGCGAACGAUUGCAAAAAAUUAA